GUGGUGGAACUGAUUGCGCAAUCGGACAACACGCGGAUCUUAAUAAAAACUAAAUAAAAAAGAAUACACAUAUAUAUCAAUAAAAUUUGUAAUCAAUUAUCAGAGCAAUGCCAAAAGUAGCGCCAAAAAUCAAAUUAAACAAUGGCCAGGAGAUGCCCAUAAUUGGCCUGGGCACCUGGAAAUCAUAUGAAUCGGAAGCCUAUCAAGCAACCAGUGACGCCAUCGACAUCGGCUAUAGACACAUUGACACCGCAUUUGUUUACGAGAACGAGCAUGAGGUGGGCCAAGCGAUCCGGGAGAAAAUUGCCCAGGGCGUGAUCCGGCGAGAGGAUCUGUUUGUGACCACUAAAUUGGGUGGCAUUCAUCAUGAUCCUGAAGUGGUGGAGCGCGCGUUUCGCUUGAGCUUGAGCAACUUGGGUCUGGACUAUAUCGACUUGUAUCUAAUGCACAUGCCCAUCGGCCAAAAGUUUCACGACGACAACAAUGUGCACGGCACCUUGGAGCUGACGGAUGUCGACUACUUGGAUACGUGGCGCGAAAUGGAGAAACUUGUGGAUCUUGGACUUACCCGCAGCAUCGGCCUCUCCAAUUUCAAUGCGGCUCAAACAGAGCGUGUGCUUGCAAAUUGCCGCAUUAAGCCGGUGGUGAAUCAAGUCGAAUGCCAUCCAGCCUUCCAGCAGGAGCAACUGCGUCAGCAUGCCAAGGAGCACGGCCUGAUCAUCUGCGCCUAUUGUCCGCUGGCCAGACCACAGCCGGCACGCCAUUGGCCGCCAUUCCUGUACGAUGAGCGUGCGCAGCAGCUGGCCAAGAAAUAUGGUCGCAGCAGCGCACAGAUUUGCCUGCGUUAUCUCAUACAGAUUGGCGUUGUGCCGCUGCCGAAGUCGUCGAAUAAAGCGCGAAUUGCGGAGAAUUUCAAUGUUUUCGAUUUCGAGCUGCAGCCUGAAGAUAUGGCUGUUAUGAAGAAUUAUCAUACGGGCGUGCGCACAGUUCCAUUUAGUGGGAUGGCUGGCCAUAAAUAUUAUCCAUUUAACGAUCAAUUCUAAGUUUAAUUACCGCAUAAGCUUGCUUAGUAUUUUUUAUAUUAAUAACACAAAACACAGGGUUGUAUUGCAAACAACAACUUGCUAA